CCAAACAUCAGUUGUCACCUGGUUGAAUGAGAAUUUCGACAAUUCUUCACCAUGAAUAUAUUCAGAUUGUCAGCGGACUUCUCUCAUCUUGCUUCUAUUUUCAUUCUUCUACAUAAGAUGAAGUCGUCGAGUAGCUGUUCCGGGCUGUCAUUCAAAUCGCAGGUUCUGUACCUGAUGGUGUUCAUCACACGAUAUCUGGACCUAUUUUGGGCCUUUACCGACUCCUUUUACAACACAACGUUCAAAAUUUUGUUCAUAGGAUCCUCAGCCUAUAUCAUCUAUCUUAUGCUCACCGAGUACAAACCUACUCAUGAUCCAAACCUCGAUACUUUCAAGGUGCAAUAUCUUCUAUGCUUCAGUGCACUCUUGGCUUUAUUAUACCCCCAUGACUAUACUGUCUCAGAGAUUCUUUGGACAUUCUCUAUAUGGCUUGAAUCCGUUGCCAUUCUUCCGCAGCUCUUCAUGCUCCAGCGCACCGGAGAAGCAGACACUAUUACAACACACUAUCUUUUUGCGUUGGGCCUUUACCGCGCUCUUUACAUUCCGAACUGGAUUUAUCGAUACUAUGCAGAACGUCACUUCCAGUUAAUCCCCGUCAUUGCUGGUAUUGUUCAGACAUUACUAUAUUCGGACUUCUUCUACAUUUACUAUACAAAGGUACUGAAGGGUAAAAAGUUCUCACUGCCAGUCUGAGAGUAGGCUCUGGUCUGGCUUGUCUCUGUCGGCGAAUGACGUGAGCUUUGUAACAAGAGCCCUGGCUGCGUUUCACGUGGCGUAACAUCUGUCUUUACUCUCAGCGGCAUUCCACACUCUUGAUGAUAAGUGCGGCCGUUCAUUUUCUAUCAAAGUUCUGUAUCACUAAAAAUCAAGCCACAUGUUAGCAAGAUAUUCGAUGCCGCAGUGUCCAUACACAUCAAUCUUGAAUUCGCGUUGGUUUAGCUUCUAAUUAAACUUAUGAAAAGGAAUUGCAUUUCCUGAUACUGGUGACCAUUCCGUAUGAUAGUUGGGUGGAUUUCUAUCACCGAAGGAC